AAGAAGCUCGGAUGAGAGGUGAAACGUCUUCAAGCAACUCAAAGAAGUCCAGACGCUUUUCUUUGCAAAUUCCUUUAAAGUUACACAGUGAACUCGCGUUUAUUAUUAUAUUUACAAAAUACCACAGUUUUUGUCUUGGUCGUAUCAUUUUUUAUUUUGUCGUAUUUGUCCGCGACACCUUUAAGGCCGGUCCGUGUGACGUUAGGCCGGGGGACCGCUGGAUUAGAAUUCACAUCUACUUGCUUUGUUCCACUACAGUGUAUUUUGGUAUUCAUUUUAAAGGAUUGAAAUGGUUAUUUGUCAAUCGUCAGUUUUUGCAUAAUAAUCGUUAAUAACAAAAUGUUGCAAAUGUAUUAAAAAUUAACAACUAAAAUAUCUCAUUUAUAAAGGUAUUUAGACCUUUAGUUGAGUAAUUUGUAGAAGCCACUUUGCGUUUUGGUCUUGUGUUGCCUGUUUGCAUAGGUCUUUCUGGGAACGUAACCAAUGCAGAGACUGUUGGGCACAUCAGUGAGCAGUCCUGCAGGAAGACGACAGUGCAAACUUGAGCCGUGAUGGCUCUGAGUGCCAGCAGAAUGGUGACUGCCUAUAGACCAAGACCUUAAGUUGUCUAGAGGAUUUGCACGCCUGGUUGCGGACAGUAUAUCUUAUUAUGACAAAACUUCUUGAGCUCCUUCACAUAGGAUGGGUGGUGUCAGUAAACUGGCAUCAUAAGUCUCUCUAACGCAGGGGUCUCAAACUCCAGUCCUCAAGGUCCGGUGUCCUGAAACCUUUCCAUGUGUCCCUGUUGCAACACACCUGAAUACAAUUAGUAUGUCUUUAGCAAGAGUCUAGAACUUGACUGCAUGCUGAGGUGGCAACCUCUAACCCUACUCAAAUAAAUUCAAGUAAAUGUAAGUGUUUGGAAAAAUGUACUUCUAAAAGUACUUUUAUUGCACCAUGUUCAUUCACUCAUGAGCUGUUGUAACAUGAAUAGAAUGGCUGAAUUGCCACCUCAGCAUGCAGUCAAGUUCUAUAGAGUCUUGCUAAUGAGGUGUAUUACAACAGGGACACAUGAAGAAGGCCCUUGAGGACUGGAGUUUAAAACCCCUGCUCUAACAUGCUCUGUAGGUUUAAGGCAUUGGCGUUAUACUACCACUACCAUGCUUCACUGUAAGGAUGGUAUCAGCACACACACUGCCUCUAGUUUAUUAGUGCAAAGAGUUUAUGUUUUUUGUAAUCCUUUCCCAUGUGCUCUCAGAGGCCUUUCAGAGCUUUCUGACAAACACAAAAGCUGAUACGGUACCCUGUUAAGGAAUUAUAUUCAUGUCAAAAUCUGCAGGUGAGAAAAAAACACACAUUCAUUGCAACUCAAUCAAUUGCAUUCUAUGUGUAUAAAUUCAAUAACCUGCAUGUGUAGAGCGCAGCAGCCGCGCAUAUAGAGAAGCCAUCAUGCAUGCAACAUGAAUUGAAUUCUAUAACUUUCUGGCACAGUCUUCUGUUUAUUGAGGAUUUGUUCCUGUUAAGUUGGUCCUCUCCCUGGUGUACGCCCUUUCUGCCCAAACUGGCCAGAUGCCCAUCUCUACGAAGUCUCCCAGUGACUGGAGAAUUCAAUGAAAAUGAACAGGAGGCACAUCAAAGGGUCUGAAUAUGUUAACUGAAACAUUAAAAGCAUGGUUUCACAUUCAGUUAGGUUACUUGUUGUUAGGAAAAUUACACUUUUAUCAUUAAAAAAUGAAUAAAACAACAAAUUGCACAAAAAGCUGAGGUGACUAGUUAAGAUGUAGAAGAUGUACUAUGUACUGUACAUGCGCUGAUUUCUCUGCAGGAGUCCUAGAUGAAAGGAUUUCAUUCAGAAAAUGGAGGCAAACAAGCUCAAAAGAGAUGUUGAGGCCCUUAUAGACAACUAUAUUGGACAGAAACUCAGAGAGGACGGCUUUGAUCCGAAGGGCAAGGGAACUUUCACAGCACUGGAUGACCUGGCUCACUAUGAUCUUGCAAUCAGUGUUGCCCUUUGGUGGUUGGAGAAGAAGGAAGGACGACAUGUGCUCGACAGAGAGAUCAUUGGAGCAACAUGCAGUUUAGGAAGUGCCCAGUAUCCUAAUCGCUUAGAGCGGGAGGCUAUGAUCUUGUCAUCCUUUGCUGGGAUAAUUAUGAGUAGCCUGCCAGUGGAGAAAAUCUUGACCCUGUACAGGUGUAAACCAGCCGCUUCAUACCCCAACCAGAAAUCCAAGGGCUCAAUUGUCUAUCCCAUCACUCUGUCCUAUCAUCCGUUUGCAAUGCUCGGCUCCUACAAGGUCGCGCACCACUCCAAGAAACACAAUCAGAAGCUGAAAAGAUGGCUGUCUGGGCAGACAAAGGCAAGCGCUCCACCGAAGCAAGUUUCAUCUUCGUUUUCCACUUCAUCUCAGUCCUUCAUCAGUGACAGCAGUGACGUUCACCAGGAAAGAACUGAGCACUAUGAAGGCUCGCAAGAGUCUCUGCAUGACUGACGUCAACCGCCAGCAGCUGCCAGAAGUAGAGACAUUGAGCUAGAUCAAUAAUACUAACAUGAAAUGGUAAAAUUCCUCAGUUGAACGUUAACGUACUCAACUAAAAAUGUCACUUGAACUCAAAAAUGCACUUGAAGUGCUCAGAAAUAAAAGAGACAUAAACAGAGAAA